UGGAGAUUGGGCCCGAUGGUGGUUGAUGCCCCAUGAGCUACCAUUCAAUUUCCCUCCAGUUCUUCAAACUCCACUUCAUUGUUUGGGUCCUCGAUUGCCAAUUAAUUGAUUAUCUACUCCAGAAUCUACUCUGGUCUUUGACCUCUUUGUUGAUAGCCGUUCGUCGCGCUGUUCCUCGCCCUUCCCUCCCCUCCAUCCCUCGAUAGCAAGCGCAUUUGUAUUUUUGUAUUUUUUUCUUUUUUCAUCUUUUGCCUUUCCCCUUCACGAUUCUUGUGCUUCUGUUGUGCUACGUCCCUUGAUGUGACCAAGAGUUACCUACUACCACUUUGUUUUGACGAACUGAUAUGCCUUUACGACCUUAAUUGACGAACAUUCUUCUGCGCAUUCCGAAUACAACAACCCCUCUCGCCCCCCCGAUUCUAUUUUGUUUGAACCACCAACGCAGGAUACCAAGUUUAUCGAAAAGCCCAGGUCUCACAAUGCCGGCGGCUCAUACUCGCGACGGUUCCCGAGACCGGGAACUCGUUGUCAGACAUCAAUCAAUCCCUAUGUGGGAUAGUUCAGAUCCCGAACGCGCGCCUCCGCCAUUGCCCUUGAACCCGGGAUCGACAAGUCCCGCAACGAAGGGAAAUGUUUCCCCCGGCAUUCAGGCCAUGGCUGCCAGCUUUACAGAAAAGAUGCGGGAAAAUGCUCCCAGCCCAUACACGACAAACCCCAUGCCUCCGAAGUCGCCUGAGAAGUCUCUCAUCAAGGGACAAUUUCACAAGCGCAUGCAGUCCUUUCAGAAUAAUUCGGAUCCUCGAUCCGAGUUCUUGAACUAUCUAGAAAGCAAGUCGCCGGAAAAACCUCAACGAGCAUCGACUUUUGAUUCGACCACCAUUAAACCACUGGAAAAGAGUCCAGCGAAACCGGAUCCAGACGAACCGGAUCCGGACCGGGAGCUCCCCAACUUGCUCAUAUCGAACCGUUACCUCUCCAAACCGAUCAUCGGGGAAAGCACCCCUCCCUCCGCCACCAUGCUAGCGCUGCAGAACAUGCAAUUGCCGAGUGACGACGAUUUGCAACCGAAGAGUACCGAGUCCGAUCCUUUCAUUGGGCCUAACCGGCCUCCAAACUACAGCUUCGAAUCGUUGUCCACGCAGAUCCACAGUCUGACCGAUAUCGCCAGCAACCUCCAGCGGGAGAUGGCUCAGCUGAGCCGUCGAAGCAAAGACAAUGCGACAGAUUUAGUAAGCCUGAAAGCUGCGACGAAUGCUCGAGAUGAGGAUAUCCGAAAAAGCCUCCGCGAAUUAUCCUCUAAUUUGACAUCAAGAUUCCUUGAUCCUGAGGCUGCCACAAGGUGGGAUUUCAGUGCUCUCCUGGGUUCUGAUAGUGGUGUUAACCAUAGGGAAUCGGAUAGUUCUCCGAAUUCGAAGAAGAGCUAUGGACGGAUGUCAAGUCCAAAUCCGUUCGCCGCAGCGAUGGAGCGCGAGCUGUGCGCGUCUCCGACACCUAUCUCUGACGGAUCGGCCAGUAUUGCCUUGUUGGAAAAGGUUCUCCGGGAGAUGGCCACCAAAGAAGGCCAAGAAAAGCUCACAGAACUUAUCGAUGAGAUCAAAGCCCGCCCCGCUUCUGAUACUUCCAGCCCAGCGGUUGAUAGUGCGACGAGGACGAUGCUCGAGGAGAUUCUUAGCAUCGUCAAAGAUGAGUCGGAGAGCAAGGCUUUGGUGCGUAUGCAGACCGGUGCUUCUUUCAAGACAGGCAGGUCGAAAUCCAUGGACCCCGAGCAUCUAUACACGCCGGAGCUCGACAUGGUUCAUGGGGACAAUGGCCGACUAUCCGCACGCUCAAUGUCUCACUCCGAUGAUGCGACGACAGAAGAAAUGUUGUCCAUCAUGAGGCGAGUGAAGAACAGCGUCAUUGAAGGAGGUGGAAUGACUAAUGAAGUGAAGAGGCUGGUGCGUGAGUUGCGUGGUGAGGUACUGGGAAUGGGAAGAGACCUAGCCCGUAAACUAGAAGAAAUCGAAAUUGCUCGCGAGGCCGCAGAGGACAAGCCAACCGGCCCUGGGAGGGAGGAAAUCUCCGACAUUGUUCACGAUAGUCUGUGUGAGCUAAGGGAGCAUUUGGAAGCAAUCGUCAAUGCGAACAAACAGCAUUCAUCUGCUCUUUCCGAAUUCCGGGCCGCGAUGGACGGGGCUCAAAUCUACUCCAUCGUAAAACAGGCCUUCGAUGACCUCGACCUGUCUCAGCUUCGAGAUGAGCCCAAGGGUCCCUCUAUGGAGAAGGAAGAUAUCCUGGAGACUGUGCGUGAGGCCUGGGAAACAUACAAGCCCGAGAUUGAGCUGCAAAACUUUGGGCUGGAGCGCGAUGAGAUCCUGGAAUGCCUCUCGGAAGGCCUCAAAGCUUAUCAGCCCCAGCAUGAGGAGGCGGUCACAUACGAUCAGGUCUUGGCAGCUAUACAGGCCGGUAUGCAGCAGUUUGAGCAACCGCCAACUAUCACCAAGGACGAGAUAGUGCACACAAUCCGUGAAUGCCUCGAGACGUCGCAAUCUGCUACUCGGUCGGCUCAAGACGAGAAACUGGAUGCUAUUCGGGAUAAUAUACUGCAGGCAGUUGCCGAAUCAGUAGCAUCCCAAAAUGCACUGACGAAGGCCUCACUUGACUCCGGCAUUAGUCGCGAGGAGAUCUUGAGUGCGGUCGCACAAGGGAUUGAAACGCACUUUUCUGCGUCUCGGGCCAUUGAGAGCCCGCACCUCACCAAAGACGACGUUGCCAAUGCAGUCAACGAUGCAUUCUACGCCCAACAGUCGGCCCUCAGCACCAGUGUCCAGCCUACAGUUUCCCGCGACGAAAUCCUCGCUGCGAUUGCUGAGGGCCUAGAGGCGCAGAAUGGCAUGAGCCGAGAGAUUGAGCUCAACACGGACGAUCUCAUGGAAGCCAUCUCGGCUGGUCUCCACGAGGCCAACGCCGCAAACCAGAGUGUUGGGGAUCAGAUCCUUGAACGAGUCCAGGAACACCACGAUGGAAUGAAGGAGGAACUCAAGCAGCAAUCACUUGCCAAGGAGAGCGACACCGUCCAGAUCCUGGACGCCAUCAAGGACGGCAUCGCCGUGGUGCGACAGGAGGUCGAAGGCUACGCCGCUUCCGCCAUCGAAGCUACCGGGCAACAUGAAAUCAUGGACACCGUGAAAGAAGGUUUCCGACUCCUGCAGGCAGACAUGGAGAGAACAAUUGCCGAGAGCGUGAUGGCAAGCGCCCCUCGCAACCCGGACACCCCGGAGCUUCUUGAUGCGAUGGAAAAAGAGUUCGAACACCUUCGCUCCACUAUCAGCGCCCUUCUUCGCACUGAACAAACCCCCAGCAGUGAUAAGGAUGAGAUCCUCGACGCCAUCCGCGAUGUACAUGAGGCCCAUAAGCCUGGUAGCAACCAGGAUAUUGCUGAUAUUAUCAAGCGUGAAUUUGAGGGGCUCAGGGACUCGAUGAACAUGAGCCUCGUUCGUACGGAACCAGAGCCACCGAAGAGUGACAAAGACGAGAUUAUUGCUGCUAUUCGCGAGAAUCUCGAUACUUUCCGCAGUGAUAAGAGCGACAAGGAAGAGAUUGUCGCCGCUCUUCGGGAGAACCUCGAAAGUUUCAAAGGAGAGCGCAGCGAUAAGGAUGAAAUCAUUGCAGCUCUGCGCGAGAACUUCGAUACUUUCCGCCGUGAAAAAAGCGACAAGGACGAGAUUAUCGCCGCUCUGCGCGAGAAUUUCGACACUUUCCGUAGCGAGAAGAGUGACAAGGAUGAUAUUGUCGCUGCUCUUCGUGAGAACCUCGAAAGUUUCAAGGGUGACCGGAGUGAUAAGGAUGAGAUCAUCGCAGCUCUGCGUGAAAGUCUGGAGACCUUCCGGGAUGAAGGCAAUCGUUCUAAGGACAUUGGUGAACCCGAGUUUUCCACUGGCGACUUGAUUGACGUUUUCAAUGAUGGGGUUGGCACAAUCCGGGACGAUCUAGGAAAACUGUUGGAUAGGCCAGCAGAAUUCGAUUACAACGAGCUUUUGGAUACCCUCAAAGAAGGACUCAGUAGCCUGAAAGCGGAUGUCGAAAUCUUGCGCAAAUCCCAGCAGGAAGACGAAGACAUUACCACAACCCGAGGAGGCGAGUUGAUGCUGGCCAAUCAACCCAACAUGAACAGCGACAUCGAAGGACUAAAAGCCCUGAUUUCCCAGCUCCAAACCAAGGUUGAAGCUAUCGACUCCGCACCCCGCGUUGCAGAGUCCGCCACAGACGCCGUCAAGAAAGAGCACCUGGAUGAGGUCUUAGAAGGCUUGCGCGAGCUCCAAGGCUCUGUGGCUGGUAUUGCGGCCCGGGAGAACCCCGUGGACGAGACAACCGCCAAGAAAGAGGACACGGAUGCGAUCGAGACAUUGCUGCGGAACACAAAAGCUCAGCUCGAUGAGAUGAAGUUCCCCGCAGCGGACGAGAUUGCUAGAGCGGAGCAGCUGGGAAGUUUAGAAACUGUGGUCAAGGAGACCAAGGAAGCUCUAUCUGAACUUAGCACCCGCUUGGAAACCGAGGGCCCUACUAAGUCUGAGAUCGGUACAUUGGAGACUCUUAUGAAGGAAAUGUGGAUUGCUCUCGACGAACUGAAGGGUAAAGGGCCCGAAGGGGAGAACGAUACUGAGAAACUAGUUAAAGCCGACCUACAGACAGUGGAGGCGAUGAUCUUCGAAGUGAAGACCCAAGUCGACGACCUCAAACUCCCCGACCCUGAGGCCUUACCAACCAAGACCGAAGUCCAAGACCUCUCAGCCCUUGUCACCGAAUUCAGGGAGAAAGUUGAGGCCGAGAAUGAGCUGACAGCUCAAGGCUUCGAGGCCCGCAAAGUGGAACAUGCAGGCCUCGCUGAGAAGAUUGAGGAGGCUAAAACUGUCGUUGAAGGCCUUGGUGAUGAGCUGAAGAGCAAGCUGGAUGGAAGCAGUGAGGGCCUCUCUGAGCUCAAGCAGCUUCUGGAAGGUUUAGCAGUCUCUGCGGAGAGCUUUACGACAGUUGAAAAUGUUAAGGAACUCACGGAACUCAUCAAUCGCGAGUUCGAGCGGGCGCGCGGUGAACAGGACGCGAGCAAGCUCGAAAACGAGGAGCGAGACGCCGCUGCUCUUGUUAAGCAUGACGAGACCAGAGCCGCGAUCAUUGUGGAACUUGGUGCGAAGAUCGAUGAAAAACUGGGUGAGGUUAUGGCCAAGUACGAUGACAUGCAGACUGCAAUGGAUACUAAAUUCUCGGAGUCUGUUGAGCGCGACAAUGCCCAUCUUGAAGCCGCGACAGAUACAAAAUCACUCGCGGAGGACAUUAAGCUUGUUAUCGGUACUAUGGGUGACAGCGUCAAUGAAGCUUGUGAGCGCAUCAGUGUAGACACCAAGUCCUUCCUCGAGAAGGUCGAUGUGUCCUACAACAAGAUGGAAGAGAUGCACAACGAAGUCAAAACACAACAGGAACAAGCCCGGUCCGACAUUGAGAAGGCCGCAGCUGCAACAGAUCGUGUGGAGAGCAAGCUGCAUGAGUUCCACCCCCAGGUCUUAGAAUCUAUCCAAGAAAUUCUCAGCAUUGUCGGACAGCACUACGAUCACUCGCAGAGGUCUACAGAAGCUAUCAAGAUGGAUCUGUCUGCCCUUCCUUCGACUAUCCCACAGAUGUUCCCCGCUUUGCCGCCCCCUGAGCCGGAAAAGUACGAUGACUCCAAGGUUCACGAGAAGCUGGAUGACCUGUUGCAUCACGCAAAGAAUGAGAAAGUCCAGGAGGCACUGGACAUUCUUGUCGAGCGUGUGACGAACAAUCAAGUGCACGAGAAACUUGAUCAGCUUCUGAGCCAGACUACGAGCACCAACAGCCAGGUCUACGACAAGUUAGAUGAGCUACUUAACCACGCUGCGGAGAAUAACGGACCAAUCCAUGAUAAACUAGAUACCCUCAUCGACCAUGCGACUAACACAGACCAAUCCGUCACACAGAUGAUGAAGCUGGACGAAAUGCACAAGGAUAUCAUGGAAACGUCCCGCAGGAUGACUGAGAUGUUCGCAGCACAAUCUGCGAUCGUGGCUGAAGACAACGAGCGCAAGCGCCGCGAGGCUGAGGAAGCCGCAGUUGUGCUUGAGAGGAGGAACGCACAGAAAGAACAAGUGGAGACCGAGAUUGUAGGCCUCAAGGAUGAGAAGGACUCUCUCCUGAAGAUGAUCCAGAAUCUGAAGGCCGAGAAGGAAGAUCUCGUGAAGCAAACCGCCAAACUGGGCAAGGAGCUCUCGAGCUUGGAGAUGGCUCUUGAACUCCGCCACGAGGAAAUGCAAGUCAUGGAGGAUCGCGCGGAAAGUCUCGAGAAACGUAUCUUGGAGGGUGUCCUCGAUCAUGCUCGCAGCGUGCUACUCAGCCGCCCUAACAAUGGCCUGAACAUGAAGAAGUCGCGCACUUCUCGGGCCCGGGGCCCUAGCGCUGCUAGUACCACCAACACUGCUCGGGACGCUCGCAGCAUCUUGGGCAACAGUGUGGGCAUGGCGUUGCGGAAACGAUCGCAGGCGCCGUCCCAGUCCGGAUCUGCUACUCCGACCAAUGGCGGCAAGGAGAGGCGAAUCCUUAGUCUGAGCAAUGUUACCGGCAACCGUGGACCCACCGACCGCCAGGCUAGCGUUAGCAGUGGGUUCACGAGCCUAAAACGCAGCCACUCCGUGAAAUCCAAUCUCUCCGACCGAAAGUCAUCUUGGGGUGGCAGAAGCUCCGUGGUAAACAAGGAGAAUGAAGCCUUCCCCGAAGAGGAGGAGAACCGCAGCGAGAUAGAGAGUGACGCGGGGACAGAGCGAAAAUCAAGUUACACCGGUACAUAUACAGAUAGUUUGAUGUAUGGUACGGACAGUACCGUGACCAAUGAUCGACGAGUCAGCGGCGCCAGCACCUCCACUGAAAUAGUUGGCCAAGGCUCUCGAGAUGACGGUGACGGGCCAUCGGAGACUCAUGACGAUCUCAAGGCUGACGAUCCCGCGGGUGAUCCUGAGGUCGAUACCGAGUCAUCAAAACUGGUACUCUAUGGGCAACAUAGCGACAGUGGGAUUGGUGCCGAAGUUGCCAGCGCCGCAGGAUAACUUCGGGUCACGACCUGCUUUGUUUUGUCAUGCUGUGACCUUUGAUGAUCAUAUGGAUUCUUGAGAUACCACCGACGGCAGGUUUCCUCCGUCAAUCAAUUCCAGUGCUUUAGGCAGUGUUUAGCGUUUUUUCUAGACUCGUCUCUUUUGUACUUUCCUUUGUUAAUAGUUUUUCGAAUGAACAUUCAUGUCUCCCUGUCUUGAUUCAGUAGUAGAUAUAACUGUAGGAAUAAUAUACUGAGCAUAGCGCUUUUAAAUUCUAUUCUGUUCAUGGUAUUGAUAAAUCAAGACUUCGUCCCACCUGAUUUGUAACAUGCCUCAAAUCUUCUGACCGGCUCUUAACCAGGUCUUCAUGUGAUGGACUGAUAGUGAUGUCACAGACUUUGAAACGCUUUGGUGAAGCAUCAGUGACACACAGCAAUGAAAAUAAGCAUAAUUAUGAACUUAUUAUCAGCGAAAGAGAGAGCGGUUGACCUAAG